GUUCGCUGCUCUCAGCCAAGCGAGAACCAAAGUCCUCUAGCCAGGGGCACCAUGCUGCAGUUGGGUCUGAGAGGUGGGUCCUGAUAAAGAACCUACCCUGAACCCAUCUUCUCUUUGACUUUCCUAGCACGUUCCUGGCGUCAGGAAAAAGAUGAGGACCCACCAGGUGCUCGCCUGCCUCCUGCUCCUGAUGGUCACCUCUGUGGCCUCGGAAAACGCCAGCACGUCCCGGGGUUGCGGGCUGGACCUCCUCCCUCAGUAUGUGUCCCUGUGUGACCUGGAUGCUGUCUGGGGCAUCGUGGUGGAGGCAGUGGCCGGGGCGGGUGCCCUGAUCACGCUGCUCCUGGUGUUCAUCCUGAUGGUGCGGCUGCCAUGCGUACGGGACAAGGAGAAGAGGAAGCCGGCCUGCCUGCUGUUUCUCUUCCUCCUGGGCACCCUGGGCCUCUUCGGACUGACCUUCGCCUUCAUCAUCCGCAUGGACGAGACCAUCUGCUCCGUGCGCCGCUUCCUCUGGGGCGUGCUGUUCGCGCUGUGCUUCUCCUGCUUGCUCAGCCAGACAUGGCGUGUGCGGAGGCUGGUGCGCCAGGGCUCGAGCCCGGCAGGGUGGCAGCUGGUGAGCCUGGCACUGUGCCUGAUGAUGGUGCAGGUCAUCAUCGCCACCGAGUGGUUGGUGCUGACUGUGCUGCGGGACACGAAGCCAUCCUGUGCGUACGAGCCCAUGGACUUCGUCAUGGCCCUCAUUUACGACAUGGUGCUGCUGGCCGCCGCCCUGGGGCAGUCCCUCUUCACGCUGUGUGGCAAGUUCCACCGGUGGAAGCUGAAUGGGGCCUUCCUCCUCAUCACCUCCUUCCUCUCAAUGCUCAUCUGGGUGGCUUGGAUGUCCAUGUACCUCUUUGGCAACACCAUGCUGCACCAGGAAGAGGCGUGGAACGAUCCGACCUUGGCCAUCACGCUGGUGGCCAGCGGCUGGAUCUUCGUCGUCUUCCAUGCCAUCCCUGAGGUCCACUGCACCCUCCUGCCACCCCUGCAGGAAAACCCACCCAACUAUUUUGAUACGGCGCACUCGAGGAUGCGGCAGACAGCAUUCGAUGACAUGCACCUGCCACGCACCUAUAUGGAGAACAAAGCCUUCUCCAUGGACGAGCAAAGCUCAGCUCGCCGGUCAGCAAGAUUUUCCAAUGGCAGCUUGGGGAAAAAGCACAGUGGCAGCAUAGGGAAGAAACGCAGUGGCAGCUUGGGGAGGAAGACCAGCAGCGGCAGCAGCAGCAUAGGCAAGAAGCACGCUGGCGGAGAGGGUAGCAGUGGUGGCGGCAGUGGCGGCAGCAUGGGCAAGAAACAUGGCGCAGGCUUGGGGCACAGACCCAGCGCUCCAUUUAGAAGCAACGUGUACCAGCCGACCGAGAUGGCCGUGGUCCUCAACGGGGGCACUAUCCCCACCGCUCCGCCAUCUCACACUGGAAGACACCACUGGUGAAAGACUUUUUAAGUUCCAGAGAAAAAGCAUCUCUCUGACCCGUGUUACUCCCCUGGCUGUGUCUUUUCUUGAGGGAGAGAAACAGUCACCGUAGCCGAGCCAGGCCACCUCACAGCCGGGAGAUUGAGAAAUCCUAGCCAAGGGGAGUUCGUGUAAAUGUGAACUUUGAUGAACUGAAAAGCUAACACCGACUGCCCUUGCUGCCUGUGACACACACACACACACAGUCUACCAAACCAACCUCAAUCCCCCCGCCAACUAAAGCAAAGCUAAUUGCAAAUAGUAUUAGGCUCCCUUGAAAAUGUGGCUGGGAAGACAAUAUCAUCCCUAGGGGAGCUAGAAUAGUACCACAUGCAUAACUGGUGGGCCAGGCUGGUGUUGGUGGCAUAUUGGGAUGAGGAGUAGGGGGUCUCGACUCCUACCCCAGUGCUCUUCCCCAGCAUGUGUGGAUGGACACCCACCCAAUGCCCAGUGGCCUCUUAGAGAUGACUCUCGCAUAGAGGAUUAAGACAUAGGGCCUGUUCCACCAGGUCCCUGGUGGUCUCCGAAUGUCACAGAUGGGCUGGGAAGGUGAUAGAGGCUGAGGUUGUGACUCCCAGGCCACCGAGUUGUGGAGUGAGCUUUAGAGUCAGUACGGUUGGUGCAGGGGUCCAGGGUAUGGAAAUGACCAUCUUGUAAAAGCAGUGACCAACUGUACCACAUCUUCUAUGGGCCUCCCGCCUUGGCACCUGUGGCCAGACAGCAGGCCCUGCCUCCUUCCCUUGCAGAGCCAGAAAGAUCUGCUCUGCAGUGGAAUAGUGAGAGCUCUUCUUCUCCCCGGCUCCCUCUUCUGCAUUUACGGACUUGGCCUCCAAGCCUAGACCCAACUUCAUUGCCAUGUUCAUGUUCAGGUGGGAUGCCACCAGCCCGAAGCCCCAUCCAGGGAGCAGGCUAGAAAGUUGGGUGGGGAGCAGCGGGAUGAUGUCAUUUGAAUUACAUCACACCUUGGAGCCUCCCAGGGCUUGCCCUCUACGGUGGCACUGACUUCUCGGGUCUUCUCUGUUGACCUUGGGAGAGCUGGCAGGUGGAGUGGGAGAGAUGAGAGCUUGCUUCUGGAGGAGGCGAUGAGGAAGGGAACAUACAUUUCUGCCCUGGUUUUCUACCAAGUCCAUUGUUUCUGCCUUGGUUUUCAUCCAUCCUCAGCAAGUCAUUCCUUUGCUCCUUGGCCUCGCCCACAUCUCAGCUGUUCAGAGCCCCUCACCUCUACCCCCUUAACACCGUGUUCUUGGCACUGUUUGGCCAGCAUAAUCGCCUGCAGAAGACACGGAAGGUAGUGGUGGGGGUGGGUUCUUUGGCAUAGGCCUGAUGGUGGCUGUGUUGCUUUCCCUAAGUAAACCUUUAACCCUUCAAGACACUGAGAAAGGGGAGUGCCAGUGGAGGAGGUAUGAACCCAGCCAUCCAAGCUGGGCAUGACUUAAUACACCUGAUUUUUCUCAGCCCCCAUCUUUACUGUUUCCCUCCACCCCGCCACCCACUGUACUCCUAUCUGUAGAGAACACUGGGGGUGGGGGCAACACGACCAGACAGGCCACCCCAGGGGGACCCUCCCUUUUGUUUCCCACCAUGAAGGGCACCAGACCACCACCUCACCCAGAGCGUGCGCUUGCUUUCUAGACAAUUUAUGUCCCACCCUCUACUCCAGGCUACCGAUCUGGGGGUCAUCCUGGACGGGAGGGGAGAGAGGGUGGGGCGGGUGCAUGCAGACAGACCCCGGGCGCUCUGCCCUGCCUGGGUCCAGUCUGGUAAGAGACGACAGCCUUGCGCCUUCUCAUGCCAGGACGUGACUGCCCACCCCCGCGCUCUGGAGUCCUUUGGAGUGACUUGGUGUGCAGGAGCCCCCGCCCUCCCCACUCCUGCAGAAGGGAGCAGUUCACCCGGUUGUUAACUCUCUAAGUUCUGUGUUGUCCACGUGCUGAAGGUGCGAAGAGCAUAAAUGGUAGGAGGGGAGACAAUCUCCUCUCCCUACCACCACCCCACCUCCGCCCCAUAGAAACAACCACCAUGGAGGACUGACAAGCUCCCUGCAUAAGGAGACACUUAAAAAAAAAUCUGGUAGGUUAUUGCACUUUGGGGUUUUGUUUUAUUUUGGUGUCAAGGUCAAGAACAGGCUGAAUGCCUUCGGCAUAGUUGGGGAGAGGUACUGGGGCAGGCAGGCAAAGGCAGGAGGGACAAAGGGGGAAGCAGGCUGUUUGUCCAAGGACUUCACCCCAAGCCCACCAGGAACAGCUGUGCCCCGGGACUGUGGCUACCCUGCAGUCCCCCACCUCCAUCCCCUCCAUGUGGAGCAAGGUCUACGUACAAAGUUCAAAGGCACCUCUGGUGUGACGGGG